GAAAUAUAGUGUUAACACUUCCAUGUAUGUAGUGCAGUAUGUAUCUCAGUAUAUCAAUCUUUGCCUGACUUUAGAAGAUAAACACAUUUAAGGAUGGCAAUUAAUAGCCUAUCCCAUAACUAGUUAACACUUGAUGGCUAAUUCUUUGAAUGGUCUCAUUCAGAUUUGAAGUACAUGAACAAGUGUUAAAAGCCACCUUAUUAAAACUGCUUAAGAUAAAAGGAAUAAUUACUUAAAACCAAACCCUCUUAUUAACCUGUUAUUUAAUGUUGCUCUCCACCUUAAUAGGGAGUUACUUUGGAUCACCUGGUAAUAAUUGGAUUUAAUUUGCAAUCCAGUCCCCAUGUGGCCUUUCAGCAGCUACCUACCAGUCCUGGUUUAGAUAGCUGACUUCUGAGAAGUUACCCAGAACAAAAUGGGCAUUCCAGUGACAUUUUGGAAGGGAAAAGUCUUAUUCACAGAACUUGUAUUCAAGGAUUAUUUUUAUUCUAUCAGAAUUUCAGUUCAGCAUAUGAAGCUAACUUCAGCCAUAGAACUUUUACCCAUAAAUAAGAAAUGUUCACUGCUGCGUAGUUAUGAGAACUACAGGAGACAUCUGCAUCUGUAGACGUCUCUUCCGGUUCCUCAACUUUCAGUUAGCUGCAGUAUAAGAGCUGUAUGUCAACCGAGCACCGUGCAGUGAGAGAGAGGUUAGGUUGGGCCUGGGGAGAGCUGAGACUCUUACAGUUCUCCUUUGGCAAGUAUGUGGCUUUGGACAAGCUGAUUCUUAUUUCAGUGCCUCAGUUUUUCAGUCUCUAAAGUGAGGAGAGUAUCUCUUGUUGUCUUAUUCUUCAGAGAAGUGUGAGAUAGGUAGUCUUGGAUGACUUUCCAGGCAUGAAAUGAUGUUCCUGUACCACUUAUCCUAAUGUUUUGAACAGAUUCACUUCUCUUGGGCAAAUGACAAUAGUAAUUUUAAAUGAGAAAUUCAGAGACCCUGAUGUAAUGUUCUCCUCAGGAGUACUUAGCAUAGUUCCAUUACAAGGGAAUGGGAUGUGACUCCUGACUUUGUGACAAAUACAAGAGUUUGUUCUCAGCAAACGUUUAUCUUUGGCAGCAAAACACAGUAGGGAUGUGGAAAAUAGGAAUCAGUACGUAGCAUCUUCCUACCAUGUGCACUUCCCUGGAACACAUAACAGAAAUUAGAUGGUUUCAGAUCAGCUGUAAACCAAGGGCUUCAGCUUUGUAAACUUACAGUUCAGAGGUGGUUUGCAUCACAUAAAUGUUCUGCAACAAGACUCCUGUUGUCAUCUCAGUCUUUUCUGCUACCGAGGGUCAUACUCAAAUGUUCCAGCUAUUUAUAGUAAUUAAUUUCACAGUUUCAACUCAUCUUCUGUUGAACAGGUCUGCUUUUUCAGUUACUGACUCUCAGCCACAUGCUGCCAAAAAUGUCUUUAAUCUUACUAGCAGGUGUAUAUCAAUUUCUCUGUGGCAUCCUUGACUGGUUCUGUUACCUAAUGACUAAACCAGUGCAUAUUAGUUUUGUUCUCUUUUUCCUGUUUCUGAAGAUGUAUAUUCUUUAAAAUUACACCAGAACGGGAAGUUAGGGUAUCAGUGACUUCUUUUGCUGAAGCUUAGCCCUACUGAUGCUCUGCCCGAACAGAGCUUAAUCCACCAGUUUGGAUUGUUCUUGAAACUUUGCUCUUAAACCAGGAAGAACAAUGCUGCAGAGACCCAGGAUACCAGUAGAGCCACGAGCUAUUUCUGUGGGCCCAACACGCUUAGGAAGUCUGUGUGUCUCUAUAGCCAUUUAAAGUUCAGUGCAAAAUCUGUCAGUGGAUCAGGUUGCAUGUUAAGCUGUUAUCAGAUAACCAGGAUAGUGUUUAGUGAUGCAGAGAUAGGAUGCAUACUAAUUUGGUGAAAAGAAGUUGUAACUUGAAGCAGAAGGUCGUUGCUUUGGAUGAGUAAUAUCUUUGUAUAUCCUUGAUAUACUUGUGGUUUAGUGACAUCAGCAGUUAACUGCACCUGAAACCUGAAGGUCUGAAGUCAAGACUUAUGCCAAUAUGUGUUGUUACAGCAGAUACUAGUCUCUCCUUACUCCCCCAGAUAUUAACACCUUUUCUGGUUUUCUUAAUUAACUGGCUUCACCUGAACAAACAGUGAAUCCUGGGUUUGACUGUUUUGACUGUUUUCCAGUUAAACCACCAGUAAAAACUAAGAGUUUGAGAUUCUUGUUUGUACAUUUCUUUACUGAAAAAGAUCAGUGACACUAAAUCAGUAGUAAUUAAAGCAGCAUUAAUUAAGCAUGUCUGUUUCCAGUGAGUGAAUGUUAAAUUAUGUUGCAGGCGGUGCUCUGUUGAAAUAGCAGAUCUUUGAUAUGACUGGCAGGUAUUUACAGCCUUUAUCUUACACUAAAUAGUAUAUUUUUGGUUGAAUUUAAAGGAUGUCCUUUUAAGUAAGGUAUUUCUGCAUUCACCGUUCAUUGUGGACUGUAAUGAAUAGUGAUGUGUUGGAGAGUAGACAGACUGUCCCUGGUUAUUCCUCGAUUUUGGACUACAAAAGAACAGCUGCAAGAUUAAAUAAAUCUGGAAGUAUUUGGUAGAUGUGGUAAUAAGGUGUCCUUUGUGGUGGUGAUUUUACUGUCACAACUAUCCCAUUCUUAAUUAUGUUUUUGUGUUUUCGUGGAAGGUAAGAUAAAACUUGACCCCAUUUUUAAGAGGACAAGAAAUGUCCAAACAAUAAAACAGACGUUGGUGGCCUGUGGUCAUUGCUUUUUUUAACCACUCCAAGUGUGUUGACCCCUGCUAUUCCAGCAUCCCUUUGCUCCUCUUAUCUCCUUACUUUUCUCCUGUCUGCAGCAGUCAUGGCUGUUUGGAAAUGACUUGGAAGGAAAAAAAAGGAAUGUGGAAUGCUAAUAGGUGAAACAUAGAGAAGAUGAAUCAAAUAAGAUUUGGGAAUAUAGGUUGUUAGUUUUUUUAAUCCUUAGCUGUGGUUCUCUUUGUUUUUUAGUAGAGUGCCAAAGGUGAAAUAAAUGGGUUGAUGUUGACAGUUUAGUUGGAAAAUGAUGGAAUGUUGAAGAAACUACAUUUAUAUUUUUAGUGGCCCGGUAUGGAUAAGCUUAAAGUAGGUAAAACCACCGAAGCUGAAAAAGUAGCUGUUUAAUAUGGAAAUUAAAAAAUAUUUGGAUGUCUUAUCAAUGGUUAAAGGAAAUGCACAGCUGUGCUCAUUGAGAAAACUGGGUAAUUCUUGGAAGAUGUAUAAAGUCUUACUGAACCUCAUUUUAACUCCAGCUUUAGAAGCUGUGUUGACAAAAUAAAUUAUCUUCAUUCAUGAGUCUAGGUCUUGAUAAGAAUUAAUAUACAAACCAUUCUGCUCUUCGUUUCUCUUCAAUACUUGUUUAAUUUUUUUACUCUAUGAGGGUUUUAGUGCAAGUAAUUGAGUACUAAUUUAGAAAUAAGUUUGUUAGGCAAUUACUUUUAAGGGGUAACUAUGAAAGGUUUUUGAAAAAGCUCUAAUGUGUAAAUUAAUUUUAUUUUCCUGCUUUCAGUCACUCAAGCGCAGCCAUUGAUCACGAGAUGUUACCACGAAAUCUACCUCAGACUUCACUUUUGCUCAUUCAUUUGCUGCGUCAUAGAUCUCAACAGGAGCUCUGGAGACACUCUUGAAAGUCUCUGAACAGAUUGUGACAUCAAGUCAAGGCAUGAUGACCUAAUAGUAGGUCAAAGUCUGAAACAUUGAUUCAGCAGUCCAAGAUAACAUUGCCUUUUUAAACCUAUCACUUCUGAAGGCUAAAGACCUACAGACCUCCUGCCAUUUCUUCCCUGGUUACUCAACUGACCUUUCUCUGGCAAAAAGAUCUUGACUUUUCUCUCUGGUCCUGGAAAUAUUAAUGGAAUACAGUCAUGUCUACCCAGGACGAGAGGCAGAUAAAUACAGAGUAUGCUGUAUCCUUGCUGGAGCAGUUAAAAUUCUUUUAUGAACAGCAGUUGCUAACUGACAUAGUGUUGAUUGUUGAGGGCACCGAAUUUCCCUGCCAUAAGAUGGUUCUUGCAACGUGCAGCUCGUAUUUCAGAGCCAUGUUCAUGAGUGGACUAAGUGAAAGUAAACAAACCCAUGUACACCUGAGGAAUGUGGAUGCAUCCACUUUACAGAUUAUCAUAACUUAUGCAUACACGGGUAACUUGGCAAUAAGUGACAGCACAGUAGAACAGCUUUAUGAAACUGCCUGCUUCUUACAGGUAGAUGAUGUGUUACAGCAGUGUAGAGAAUACUUAAUCAAAAAAAUUAAUGCAGAAAAUUGUGUGCGUCUGUUAAGUUUUGCUGAUCUCUUCAGCUGUGAAGAGUUAAAACAGAGUGCUAAAAGAAUGGUAGAGCACAAGUUCACAGCUGUGUACCACCAGGAGGCUUUCAUGCAACUGUCACAUGAUCUACUGAUAGAUAUUUUAAGCAGUGACAAUUUAAAUGUGGAAAAGGAGGAGACAGUUCGUGAAGCUGCUAUGUUGUGGCUGGAGUACAACACAGAAUCACGAUCGCAGUAUUUGUCCUCUGUUCUUAGCCAAAUCCGAAUCGAUGCACUUUCAGAAGUGACACAGAGAGCCUGGUUCCAAGGCUUACCACCCAAUGAUAAAUCGGUGGUGGUGCAAGGACUGUACAAAUCCAUGCCUAAGUUUUUCAAGCCCCGACUUGGUAUGACGAAAGAGGAGAUGAUGAUUUUCAUUGAAGCUGCUGCUGAAAACCCUGGUAGUCUUUAUUCUUCUGUCUGUUAUAGCCCCCAGGCAGAAAAAGUUUACAAACUGUGCAGCCCUCCGGCUGACUUGCAUAAGGUUGGGACGCUGGUAACUCCCGAUAAUGACAUCUAUAUAGCGGGUGGGCAAGUCCCUCUGAAAAACACGAAAACUAAUCACAGUAAAAGCAGCAAACUCCAGGCUGCCUUCAGAACUGUGAAUUGCUUUUACUGGUUUGAUGCACAGCAAAACACUUGGUUUCCAAAGACACCGAUGCUCUUUGUUCGUAUAAAGCCAUCCCUGGUCUGCUGUGAAGGAUACAUCUAUGCAAUUGGAGGGGACAGCGUUGGUGGAGAGCUCAACAGGAGAACUGUGGAGAGGUACGAUACCGAGAAGGAUGAGUGGACCAUGGUAAGCCCAUUGCCCUGUGCGUGGCAAUGGAGCACAGCAGUGGCUGUUCACAACUGCAUUUACGUCAUGACACACAACUUGAUGUACUGUUACUUCCCCAGGUCAGAUGCUUGGGUAGAAAUGGCUAUGAGACAAACAAGUAGGUGUUUUGCUUCAGCUGCUGCUUUUGGAGACAAAAUCUUCUAUAUUGGCGGACUGCAUAUUGCCAGCAAUUCUGGUGUAAGGCUCCCAAGCAGUACUGUAGAUGGGUCUUCCGUCACUGUGGAAAUCUACGACGUGAAUAAAAACGAGUGGAGGAUGGCAGCCAACAUCCCUGCCAAGCGGUAUUCUGACCCGUGCGUUCGAGCCGUUGUCAUCUCUAAUUCUCUGUGCGUCUUUAUACGAGAAACCCACAUGAACGAGAGGGCCAAGUAUGCCACCUACCAGUAUGACCUGGAACUCGAUCGCUGGUUCCUAAGGCAGCAUAUAUCGGAACGUGUGCUGUGGGACUUGGGGAAGGACUUCCGGUGCACUGUGGGAAAGCUGUAUCCAUCCUGCCUUGAAGAGUCCCCAUGGAAACCUCCAACGUACCUCUUCUCACCAGAUGGAGCUGAUGAAUUUGAGCUGGAUGGGGAGAUGGUUACUCUGCCACCCGUAUAGCUCCCAGAUUAGACUGCACAGCCGAUCCUGUGCUCAGUUACCUUGAAAGGAAAGGUUGUGAAAGAACAGGUCUGGAAACAGAAAUGCCAGACCUGUCCUUCAUGAGUUGUAUUUUUAUGCCCUACCUAACACUUGCCGCCAUCCAGUAUGAAUCAGUAAAAUGAGCAGAUAUGCUUCCAUAAUCUGAAAUACUAUUAUCUGGUAAUUGAGAAACUUGUAUGUAUAUCAUGAGCUUAAGCAUCUGACUUGUCUAAAGAAUUACUUUCUAGUUCUAUGAAUUCUCCGUUCAGGAAAAUUAGCUUCAGAAAAAAGUAGUUACUGUUUCUAGGAUGAUGUCACAACUCUUCUGAAAGUAGCUUCCAGUUAUAUUUGAACUACUUCUGGACAUUCUACUCAAGUGCUAGUUAUAUAAUUGUCAGUGUGGCCUAAUUAAAGGACUGUGCUGCACUUAAUACUAAUAUCCAUGUUGGUAUAGUAAUGCCAUUAAAAGAAAAAGAAACAAAUCCCAUGGAUCUACCUGUGGUAGGAAGGGUAGAUCUUCCAUUGUAUGGUAACAUGCAGGGCAAAAUGACUGCAGGUUCAGUCAAGCUGUAUUAUUAGGUGCAUGUAUUCUAUUUUCACUAACUUAUACCUGUCUAUUUAGAAUACAGGUCUUCCAAGCAGCUGGUAGUUUACCAGGUGUGGACUUAAGUUGCUGGGCUUGCAAUAGGGAUUGUCAGCCCUCAUAGUGCGGGUCUGUGUGGAGCUUUAAUCGGUAAAUGUCUCCACAUUCUGUAUUACAGUAACAUUGGCUCAUGUAUAUUACUUCCUGCUGCUGAUGUAUUUUUCCAUUGUAAAACAAAGUUUUAGUGUGGAUUAACCAGGUCUUUAUUUUCUGUUAAUUUAAUAACAAGCAUUACUGUAGUGUGAUUGUGUAGAGAUACCCCUUAGCUGUCAGGUUUUUUACUUUGGGGGGAGCAUACUGUUCAGGAAUAUCCUGUGCUCUGCGUGCAGGAGAGCAGAUGACUAGUGCUGCUCUGGCAUUAAUCCCAGGAACCACUAGCAGUAGCGGGGUGCCGCCAAUCUAACAUGAACACAGGUGCUUCAUGACAAAACCUUACUAGCAUGUUCAGCUGCAUCAUGUUCUGGCACUGUAUUUUGAAUGACAUUAAUUUAUUAAAAAAGACUGAAUCCAA